CGGCGAGUGCAGCUUUUGCUCAGAGCAGCGGGACUUGACCCUCGAGAGGCGCAUCCGAGCAGAGCGACGGCAACCCUCCUCCCUCCGUGCCCGUUCGCACGCUUCAGACACCCCAACUCGGCGUUAAAGUGACCCCCGGAAAACCACCCCCGGCGCCCAAAUGCCGCUCUCCAAGAGCGUGAAAGAUUUUGAGGGUGGGCGAUGCGUGGCGCCGAUGGCGAGCGCCGAGAGCGCCUUCUUCUGGUCCGCGUCCGAGGAGGAGCUGGACUGCGCGGUGCGGGUGCCGCUGGCGGACGAGGAGGCGGCCGUUGACCACGUUGCCGCCGGCGCCGACCACUUCUGCUCCUUCCCGUCGCCGGCCAAGCAGAAGUGCAUGCUGGCGGCCGACGAGGACGACAGCUCGGCCGGCUCGGACAGGGCCGACGAGCGCGGCGGAUGGACCAACCAGCUCGACUUCCUCUUCUCCUGCAUCAGCGUCUCCGUCGGACUGGGAAACGUCUGGCGCUUUCCCUACCUCUGCUACAAAAACGGCGGAGGAGCCUUUCUGGUGACUUAUGGCAUUGCCAUGAUGCUAUGCGGCGUGCCGCUCUUCUUCCAGGAGGUGGCGAUCGGCCAGUACCUGGGCUCAGGUGGCAUGUCCCUGGUCGGCACCUUGUGCCCCAUCCUGGGCGGUGCGGGUUACGCGACGAUGACGAUCGUGUUCCUGCUCGACGUUUAUUACUGCAUCAUCAUCGCGUGGACGCUUUUCUACCUGAUCAACACCUUCACGCAGCUGCCCGACCUGCCCUGGCAGCGAUGUGGAAACUGGUGGAACACGGACAGGUGCUACGAAGGGUCGGAAAAUACGACCGCUACCGAAAUCGUUCGAAACCAGUUGGCCAACCAAACCAACACCCCCGUCGAGGAGUUCUGGGAAAAACGCGUCCUGAUGAUAACAGACGGGAUUCACGACCUGGGAGGCAUUCAGUGGGAGUUGCUGGGCUGUCUCCUGCUCGGCUGGAUCCUCGUUUACUUCAUUAUCUGGAAAGGUCUCCACCAGAGCGGAAAGAUCAUUUGGUUCACGGCACUCUUUCCCUACGUGAUCAUGCUGAUCCUGCUGGCGAGGGCGGUGACCCUGGAGGGCGCCUACAACGGACUCGUCUACUUCGUCAAGCCGGACUGGAGCAAGCUCAGCAGCGCCACCGCCUGGAUCGACGGCGCCACGCAGAUCUUCUUCGGCUACAGCAUCGGCGUCGGCACGCUGCCGGCACUUGGCUCCUUCAACAAGUUCCACCACAACUGCUACAAGGACGCGAUAAUCACGUGCGUCAUCAACACACUGACGUGCCUGCUGGCAGGCUGCAUCGUCUUCUCCAUCCUGGGCUACAUCGCGUUCGUGCAGGACGCUGACGUGUCCGAUGUCGUCAAGAGCGGGCCUGGACUUGUAUUCCUCACCUACCCUGAGGUCGUGCUCAAGCUGCCCGGAUCAGUCAUCUGGGCCACCAUCUUCUUCGUCAUGCUUGCUAUUCUGGGCAUCGACAGCGAGUUCUGCAACGUGGAGGCGUUCGUAACUGGCGUGGUGGACCACUUCUCGGCCUACCUGCGUCCCAUCAGGCGCAAGUUCACACUGGGUGUCUGCCUCCUGAUGAUGGCGCUGGGCACGCCCAUGGUGACCAAGGGCGGCGCCUACGUCUUUCAGCUGAUGGACUUCUACUCGGCCAGCGGCAUCUCGCUUCUCUGGGUCUGCUUCUUCCAGACCAUCGCCAUCUCCUGGUUCUUCGGCGCCGAGCGCUUCUGUGACUGCAUAGAGGAGAUGAUCGGCUUCCGACCUGGCAGGUUCUGGACCGUCUGCUGGGUCUACCUGGCCCCCGCUGCCAUGCUGAGUAUCUUCAUUUUCUACUGCGUGCAAUACGUGCCUGUGACCUAUGGCACCUACGAGUACCCUGACUGGGCUGAAAUACUCGGUCUGUGCAUAUCGUUCUCCUCCAUGGUCUGGAUACCUGCUUACGCCAUCUACUACGUCCUGUGCAUGCCAGGAACCAUCAUGGAGAACAUCAAAGCGGGUUUUCUGCCGACGGUAAACAAAGCGUUGGCGACGACGGCGUCGAAAGCGGCGCCGGGCGCCGACACCCUGCGGCCGCCGCACCAAAUUCCGGUGUCCGAGAGCAAAGCGGUGCUGAUCACGCACAAGUCUGGCCGGCACCAGUCUUCGUUUUGACUCUGAGAGACUGGACAUGGGACACUCAGGACUCGGACGCCUUUCUAGUUCAAAAAAAGUGCGAGUGAAAUUUUUCGUUGGUUUUGCGACACGAAUCAGAGCGAAAUUCAAAUAGACAAUGCGUUUUACGCUUGCCUAGAGUACGAGAAAAGAUAUUCCAAAAUGUUUACGAGCGAAGGACUGUUGACAAUUCGGAUUUGUGAAAUCCAGAGCUUCUUCAGUAUUACGAAUGAACAUUUAAUUUUUAAUAAAAGACUUGUGAUCUUCCUAGGUGUAUGAAACUAUUUUUCUUGUGCACAGAGACGUAUGUAUUUUUAUUUAUAGUUCGCUUUUGUGCUUGAAAAGUCGACGAUUUAGAUGAAACAGAAAAAAUAAACACGUGUGUCGUGUGAGCGUAGCUUUAUUUUAUUCACUGUACAAAUAAUUUACGCGAAUUGUGAAUAUUGUAACAUAAUUAUACAAUAAAUGUAUGAAAUAAAACAGGUUGAACAAAUGUUCAGAUAA